GUUCCUCCGGCUCCGCGGGCCGCCAUCGCUAUGGAGGAACCGGAGAUGCAGCUCAAGGGGAAGAAAGUCACGGACAAGUUCACUGAGAGCAUCUAUGUCCUGGCCAACGAGCCCUCUGUGGCCCUCUACCGGCUGCAGGAGCACGUGCGCCGCUCCCUGCCUGAGCUGGCCCAGCACAAGGCCGACAUGCAGCGGUGGGAGGAGCAGAGCCAGGGAGCCAUCUACACCGUGGAGUAUGCCUGCAGUGCCGUGAAGAACCUGGUCGACAGCAGUGUCUACUUCCGCAGUGUCGAGGGGCUGCUCAAACAGGCCAUCAGCAUCCGGGACCACAUGAACGCCACCAUGCAGGGCCACAGCCCAGAGGAACUGCCUCCGCCCUCCUCAGCCUGAUUCCGGAGGAGACUUAGAGGCCCCUCAGCCUCCCGACCCAGGGUCAAGUUACCACCUGCCUCUCCAGUCCCAGGACCCUAAACACUACCUGUUUUAUAGAAGAGGAAACCAAGGCUCAGAGAGGUGAGGCAGCCAGCCUGGAGUCGCCACCUGUGCCUGGAAGCACCAGCAUUCCCACCCAGGCCCUCUGAUCCUCGAGCUUCACCUGGUCCUCAGCCUGGCCAGGCUCCUUCCUCAGGUGCCCCACUGGGGUGGCUCUAUAGCCUAGGUCUGCCUCUCAGACCUCCGCUGACCCUCGCCCUCGCUCCCAGCUUGCCCAACACUGGGCCCUCGGACACAACCUUGUGGGACCCAGCAGGGACCAGAGACCAAGCAAGUGUGGCCAGCAUUUCCCUCCUGCUCCUGCCCAGAGCCUCCAGCCCAGCUGUGAGUGUCCCGAGAUGUGGCUUUGCUUCCCCUGGAUUUUUACCCACCCCCUGGUUGGCCGUGGACAUGGCCCCUUGGACCAAUAACUGCCACUGCGAUAACCCUGAUCAUACACCCACUGUGUGUGCAGCACUGUGCUAGAGGCUUCAUAAGGGACGUCUUUCAUCCUCAGACAGCCUCUAAGGCAGGUGUCACCCCAAAACAGAUGGGAAGGAGGCUCCGGGAGGGCGUGACUUGCACCAGGUCACACAGCUGUAGAAGAGCAGACCCCACCUGGUUUGGUCCCAGCACUGUCUCUAACAUGCUGUGUGACAUGGGACCUGGUGCUGGCCCUCUCUGUUCUCCCUUUCUCCUACUGGACAAAGGAGGCUGGACCGGAUCUUCCCUGUGGACUAAGAUGAACACUUGUGUCUCUGCCUGCCUCUAGCAGAAACGCCCAUCCCAGGCUCAGGCCAUGUGGAGGAGCCACCUCCCCUCCAGGGGUGGAUGUGGGAUCCUAGCCUGACAUCUCCCAGGUCACAGUGUUUGGUUUGAGAUGGACAGUGUGACCUGAUGAGAGGGCUUCCCUGGGGAUUUUGCUGGAAGCUUGGAAAAGGGACCGUCUUCCCACUGUGAUAACUGGGUGGUUGAGCUGGGUGGGCGGAAGAGGGGGCACCUGAAAACAUUGCAUGGGGCCCUGGAUCCAGCUGUAUCUGACACUAGCCAAUCUCAAUUAUUCAGUUCAUGAGCCCCUAAAUUACCUUUUUUGCCAAAA